UGAAUUUUGACAUUUUUCCCUGCCCAGCUAGAAGGGAAAGUCCAGCUCACUUCACCCUGAGCGAGGCAAAGUGAGAGCAGCUCUACUUCUUCAUCUUCCAUCUCCAUCAUCCUCCUCCACCUCCUUCUCUAAUGGCGGGCCGCCUCCAAUCCUCGCAGACGGCGAAGAAACGUGGUCCUCGCGCUGCUGGCUCUGUGGUCCGUUGUGUCGUUGAUAAUCAUCGUGGUGUGGGGCGACGUCUCCCGACCUGAAGAGCUCUGCUCUGUGUCGGGCUGAGCUGCAGGAGGUCACGGAGAAACUGGAAGGAGCCAAGGUGGUUUACGGCAAGAACAAAGUGGCCCUGGAGGAGCAGCUGGUGGAGACCAGGGAGCAGAGGGACAUCCUGAGAGCAGACCUCUGGUGAUGGGGGGAGGACUCAACGCCACUAACGCCACGCUGGAGGAGUGCCGGCUGGAGAACGUGGUCCUGAACUGGAACAUCAGCGCUCUGCAGGAGAAGGUGGAGCUGCUGCGUCAGACGGAGACCAACCUCACGGCUCAGAUCGUUCUGCAAGAAGAUCACAUCGAGGCGCUGCAGCAGAACGUGACGGAGGCGGGUCAUCAAAGGGAGUCGUGCUCCAGCCUGCGGGCGGCAGCAGAGAGUCAGAUGCUGGCGGCUCAGAGUCAGACCCGGGCCUGUGAGUCCAGAGAGCAGUACCAACUCAAACAGCUUCAGAAGUGUAAAGAGGUGGAGUCAGAUGCUCCUCAGCAGGAGCAGGUGGGCGAAACAUCCUCUGCCCCCCCGACUCUCUCUGGGAUUCCUGCUCUGAUGCUUCUGCUCUGCAGCUCUCUGCAUCUGAUAACCUGAGCUCAGCGCGGCGGCGUCCUGUCGAUCGACGGCGAGCACUGAGGACCGCAACGACUGCUGUACACACACUUCCUGUCUGCGUGACACACUUCCUGUCUGCGUGACACAACAGACACAUUGCCAUGGAGACGCUGACGUGACGAACGAUUGGACAGAAAACUUUGCUUUGACUUGAACUGAUGAGACGUUCACUGACGCCGCCGCUUCACCACUGUUUGAUUUUUUAGAGUUUAUUUUCUUCAUGAAGCUUAGCUGCUGCUUUUUUAACUUCCUGCUGAUGCUUUUUCACACUUUAGCCUGUUUUAAUAUUAAUUAUUCAAGUUUAA